UUUUUUUUUUUUUUCGCGUUUAAUGACUUUGUUUCUUUAGAAAUACGAAGAAAUUUUUGAAAAUCAGUGUGACCGUGUAAAAUAUUUAUCCAUGGAUUAUCAUAAGGCCGAAAUUUGCAGAUAUUUCAUUAUAUAAAUGACAAUAAAGUUUUAUAACACUGUAUAUACCGUAUUUUUAUAUAUAUAUAUUGCAGUCUUACUGAUAUAGUAUUUUGGCUUUGAUUUAUUUAAACUUGUUUCAUCAACUUAUGAGUAUCGGUAAUAAUUUAUCAUAAAAUUUAAAAUAAAUAUUUUUUUUCGAUGAUAACAGUUAGUAACGAGAAGAAAAUGAUUUACAUUUAUUUUUAGUAAAUCAAUGAACGGAAAAAAAGACAAAAUUAUUCCGGUUACCUAUUUAUUUUUUAAAAGACACCUUUUAAAGUUUAUCAACAAAGAACAACAUCUAAUUUUAGUUAAGAAACAAUAAAGACAUUUUUAAAUUAUUGAAGAAUCUUGUGCAAAUCACUUAUUAUUUAUCGAUUUAUCGAAGAGAUGGCGGAUGUUUCAUUGUUUUUUUUCCUUUUUCGUUAUUGUGUAUGGCGGAUUACGUACAAUUUAUGUUAUUAUUAUUAACAAUACUAGUAAAAAUUCCACCAGGAUGUGUUACGACUGUUACGUUGUGACAACUAAACUUCGCCUUAAUUCUGCAGCUAACACAAAUUUAGUAAUUGUCGAAACAAAAUAUUAUUACUGUAAAUACGCAAGAAUAAAUAAGCAAUAGUAUGAAUUAAUUUUAUUAAUCCCCUGUCGCACUAAGU